AUGGCAUCGCACAACAAGAUCUUCUCGUACGACGAGAAGGCCUCCAGCCCCUCGCCAUCCACCAUCGAGCCGGCUCAGGUCGGCCAGGUCGCGACUCGCAGGCGGGUGCCCUUCAACUUCAGCCUCCGCGUUGCGCAAGAAGAGAGCAGUUUUGCUACCACCAAGUCCGCCUCCAAUGCCGAUUUCGAUCCCAUUCCCCCAUCCAAGCGAACCUGGGGACCGGGAGCCUUUGUGGCUUACUGGAUGGCUGAUGCCUGGGCGGUCUCAAAUUGGGAAGUUGCUUCGUCGAUGCUUGCGGUCGGUCUCAGCUGGAGGAUGGCCAUUGGCGCUUGUGUGCUCGGGAACUUCGUGAUGGGUCUGGUCAUCACCAUCAACGGCAGGAUUGGGGCGACCCUCCAUACACCUUUCCCGAUUCUUGCCCGAGUCCCCUUUGGUUAUUACUUUGCUCAGUUCGUCGUGCUGUCUCGCUGUGUUCUUGCCGUCGUCUGGCUCGGGGUCCAGACGACCACCGGUGGCCAAUGCAUGGUCGUCUUGUUGACUGCCAUCUGGCCCAGCUACAAGAAUAUCCCCAACCACAUACCCGAGAGCGAGGGCAUCAGCACCGGUGGCAUGAUCGGCUUCCUGCUGUACUUCCUGCUCCAGGUGCCCUUCCUCUGCAUUCCCUACACCAAGGUGCAGUACUUCUUCGCCUUCAAGUCGGUCAUUGCCCCCAUCGUCUUCCUGGCCAUCUUCGGAAGCACCCUCCACAAGGCCGGCGGCACCAUUUCCAAUAGUCCAGUCAUCACUCAAGGCCCGACCGCACACGGCUCUGCUCUCGCCUGGGCGUUCUUCUCCAAUCUCAAUGGCGUGUUGGGAAACUAUGCCACUCUCGGUUUGAACAUUGCCGACUUUUCACGAUACGCCAACAGGCCCAGCGCGCCCAACGUCCAGGUCAUCGUCAUCCCAUUCAUCUUCACCAUCGUUGGCCUCCUCGGCAUCUUCACGGCCGCCGCCUCGCUCUCGGCCUACGACGUGGACGUCACCAAUGGCGAACCCCUCUGGAACCCCAUCGACAUCAUCGCCCUAUGGAUGGAGUCAGGCUCCACGGGUGGCCGCGCAGCCGCCGCAUUCGCCGCCAUCGGGCUCAUCAUCGUCACCCUCGGGAUUAACAUCUCGGCGAACUCCAUCUCCGCCGCCAACGACCUCAUGUCCUUCUGCCCGGCCUACAUCAACAUCCGGCGAGGCCAGCUCCUCGCGGCCGUGCUCGGCUCCUGGGCCUUCGUGCCCUGGAAGAUCCUCGCGUCGGCGGCCACCUUCCUCGCCUUCCUCGGCGGCUACACCAUCUUCCUCGGGCCCAUGACCUCCAUCAUCAUCUGCGACUACUACCUCGUCCGGCGCGGCAACGUGUCCGUGCCGGACAUGUACAACUUCCACGGCAUGUACCGCUACUCCCCCAGGUACGCGUCCAACUGGCGCGCCGUCGUCGCCUUCGUCAUCGGCUGCAUCCCCCCGCUCCCGGGAUUCGUCGACAGCAUCGUCGCCGCCGGGAAUGGGACGACCUCCGUCUCGAUGGGGGGUCGACACCUUUUCGGCAUCGGAUACCUCUACUCCUUCACCCUCGCCGGCCUCUCCUACUACCUCUUCAACCGCCUCUCCCCGCACCACCCCUCCGCCAUGGACUACCCCGAAACCGGCGAGGACCGCAUCGCCGCCCAGGACGCCAAGAACCUCGCCGCGAAGCAGCAGCAGCAGCAGCAGCGGCGGCGGCGGUCCGGCCUCCUCGCUAAGCUGUUUGAGGUCUGA